AUGGCUUCUCCCACCAGAACUCCUCAGAACACCCCCGCAUCGAACGCGCCCAUCUCUUCCCACGCACAGGCCCCUACCAUUGGUGACAUUCAAGAAGAAGAUCUUGACCGCGCCGCGGCCGCUUCAAUAUUUGCCAAGAAUCCCGCUCUGGUGUCAAUGAUGCAGCGAAAACUGGGUUCCCUCGUCGGCAGAUCUUCUGGAUAUAUCGAGUCCUUACCUGCUCCUGUACGCCGCCGUGUCACCGGUCUGAAAGGGAUUCAGAAAGACCACGCGAAGCUCGAAGCAGAAUUCCAGGAAGAAGUUCUUCAGCUCGAAAAGAAGUACUUUGCAAAAUUCACCCCCCUGUACGAAAAGCGUGCCGCGAUUGUCAAUGGCGAGGCCGAACCCACCGACGGUGAGGUUGAGGCUGGCAAACCAGAGGACGACGAAGAGCCUGAGGAAGAUGCGGCAGACAAAGAGGAGAAGGAAUCUAGUGAGGAUAUAAAGGGUAUUCCAGAGUUCUGGCUCUCGGCCAUGAAGAGCCAAAUUUCCCUUGCCGAACUCAUCACCGACCGAGAUGAGGACGCUCUUCGAUCCUUGACCGACAUUCGUAUGGAAUACCUUGAUCGACCAGGUUUCCGCCUCAUCUUCGAAUUUGCACCCAAUGACUUCUUCACAAACAAGACAAUCUCAAAGACGUACUUCUAUCGGGAGGAGAGCGGAUACGGCGGCGACUUCAUCUACGAUCAUGCUGAGGGCGACAAGAUUGAUUGGAAGGCCGGCAAGGACCUUACUGUCCGAAUUGAGAGCAAGAAGCAGAGAAACAAGAACACCAAGCAAACCCGAGUCAUCAAGAAGACCGUUCCUACAGAGUCAUUCUUCAAUUUCUUCGCACCUCCUGUCGCACCUACGGAUGAAGACGAAGUUGCCUCUGACAUCGAGGAAAGACUCGAACUGGAUUACCAGCUGGGCGAAGAUAUCAAAGAAAAACUCAUUCCUCGGGCCAUUGAUUGGUUUACUGGCGAAGCUCUCGCAUUCGAGGAACUCGAAGAUGCAGAGGAUGCCGAGUUCGAUGACGACGAAGAUGAGGAUGACGAGGAUGAAGAAGAAGCCGAGUCUGACGAAGAUGAUGAGGAAGAGGGUGGCAAGCCUCGGUCUCAACAAGCCUCCGAGUGCAAGAACCAGUAG